AUGUAUACUGUUUCCAAAGGACCUAGCAAAAUUGUAGCCAAAACUCGGCGAGGCCUCCCACAGAAUUUAGAAAGAUUGGACUGCCGCAAAGACCACAAUAGAAAGUCUUCAGAAUCUGAGAAAGGAGAAAUAAUUAAUAUGCCCAGGCCAACAUUUCAUUCCAAUGGUAGAAAGACAGUACACCACAGAAUACCGCACCAGGUAAUAACACCACAGCAUGAGGAAAUCAUUAGAUUCAUCAGUGAAACUUGGACCCAAUCUGCCAUUGGAGAGAGUGAACCGUCAUCACCUACAAGUACAACUGAAUCUGAGAGCUCAUCCCCGACUCCUCCAUCGAACCUAUACUACCAUGACGAUGAACCAAGCCCUGUCCUACGUGACUUCGAGCCCUUUGACCUUGAGACGUGGUGGGGCAAACGAUUGUUCCAAAACAUUACUAAAUCCCUUUAA